UGUAAGCCUCAAGACAUGAAGUGUAAGCUUUGUGAAUCUUUAAAAUUUUAAUUUACAAUAUAGUAUAAUAAUAUAACAACACUAAAUUAUACAUCAACAGUUUGAGAUAAUUAAAAACAUAAUUAUGGAAACUCAUAGAAAAAGUAAAAUUUUGCUUUGUAUUUUUAAAAGAAAUGUUACAUAACUUUUAUAAUCACCAUCACACUAUUAUCAAAUAGUAAAUAUGAUACUAUAACUUGUUAUUUGAGUCAAUCUUCCUCUUAUUGGGUGUUGAGUGUGCUAUGUGCGUACAAUUGGGUGCUUGGGGGCGUGUGUCUUACAGAACUAAUAUGGCACACCCAAGCCUACACCCUGGACCCGACUAACUGUCGAGAACCAUUACUGGCCCCAAGCGAACCCUUGGCCAGGCUAGACUCUCAGCGCGCGGAAGAAUUACGCAACAUAAAAUAUACUGAAAUACAAUCUUAAUUGACUGUCUCAAUAGAUAAACUUACAAAAGCAUGUCUAAGACACACGCCACCUAGCUCCGCCUCUGACUACAACCCAUAAAACAUAAAUAAAUUUAUUAUCGUGGCUAUAUGCGAAAAUUUCCUUAUUUUUAAUCUUCUCGUCCCUCUCUCAUAUACGUUUUUGUCUCUAUAUAUUUGAUGCUAGUCAUAGUGCAUUUGAUUGUAUAAGUAACAAGAAAAAUGGAGAAAUUUUUGUUGAUGGCUUUCUUUUUUUUGGCAAUAACAAUAAUAUUGCCUUCAAGUCAUGGGCUUGAUCAAAGUCCUAAAGGAGUGGACACAUGGUUCAAGAAGCUUCCCCAUUCAAAAGCAAAAAUGACCAAACUUCACUUUUACUUUCAUGAUAUUGUGACUGCAGAGAAUCCAUCAGCAAUCCAAAUAGCACAAGCCAAUAAUACAUUUCAAUCACCAACAUUUUUUGGCUUGGUAAGGAUGAUGGACAAUCCGUUGACGGUUAAUCCCGAGCCCAACUCCAAAAUAAUAGGCCGAGCCCAAGGAAUUUAUGGCUCAACAUUGUUCGAAGAUUUAGGCCUUCUUAUGACACUCAACCUUGUGUUCACAAAUGGUAAGUACAAUGGUAGCACACUUAGUAUCCUUGGGCACAAUCAGAUAUUUCAGGAGUAUCGAGAGAUGCCAAUUAAUGGUGGUUCCGGUGUUUUCAGGCUAGCAAAGGGCAUCGCCACAGCGAAAACCUACCAAAUUGAUAACACCACACAAAAUGCAAUACUUGAAUACCAUGUUGUGGUUUUGCAUUAUUGAAGUUUACUUGUUUGUUUGAUUGUUCAUUAUGUGUUCUUUGAUUGUGACCUGUUGACUUUCCAAUAAUGUGGAUGUGUAUAAUAAAGAAAUAAAGUAA